UCAAGCCGCUUCUUCCGCCGCUUCGGCCGCCGAGACGUCGCGCCCGUCCAUGGCGCUGGGGGACCCGGACCGGUGGCGACGGUGGUGUGUGGAGUGACCCACAGCCGAAGGCCAGAAGCGGCUGAAGAGUGAGAGAGAUGCUGCAGGGGGACGGCUGUGAAGACUGGCGGUCGUCGUCAUCGUCAUUUGCCAGCUUUCCGCUUACCAACGCAAAUCCUUUUUGAGAAUCAAAGUUAACAUUGCUGAGUGGUGCAACAUUGCCAGCCUUUCCUUUGAGCUUCUGCAUGCUUCUGCCAAAAGGGUAUUGAGCACUCUUAUCCCGUGUGCAACUGAAGCCCGGCCGCUUCCUCCUCAUGCGUUUGGGAUCCUAACUCGAAAGGAAUUGUUUCUUCACCUGCAUACACCAACACAACCGAACAAAAUGCUCAUGGGGUGCCUAUCAGCGAUCCACCGUUUUGAAGUCCGUAUUGUUUGGUGCGUGUGAGUUGGCUCAGGGCCAAGCGAGGGCAGGAACUCAAGGUGCAGAACCGCACGUUGCGCCUGCUUGGGUGAGGUGGACAUGGCUCGCAGGAGUAUUCGAGGAACAAACGCCACAAGGCUUAAGCCCCACAAUGAAUGUUGGGUCACCCUGCGUGGUAGCUGGUGGCUGGCCAUAGGAAUUGAUUGGACUGGGUGACUUGUUGAGUCCUUACCCAACAGCGUAAGCAUCAACGCUCAUCAAGGACACACGAUUACUGUAACACACAGGUGGAUCUUUUUGCAGGUGUUCGCAUACGUGUCAAACUUCAAACAGUGUUGUGCCCUUUGGGGAUUUUUGGGAUCAACUGGAUAUUUUUGCAGACCAACUGUUCCGAUUAAGCUGCUUCUAUAAACAGCCAUUAGUCGAGUUCAAUGGAACAAGGGCCCCUCAUGUUGAAAUAUGUUCAGAAAACUCUAGGCCCUAUACAAACUGAUUCCGUGAUGUAGGAAGCGAGCCAACAAAGACUCACACCAUGUGAUGAUAGUCCUUCUGUGCGCCAGGACCAUGUUUCGCUACCUUUGCCUCGAAACGAGAAGGGUGGCAUCCUCAUCACUGAGGACGAGCUCAAGGCGGGUGGCCGUUGGCAGAAAUUCCGCCUCGCAACGGCCGCUUCUUCCGGGCGACCAACACAACGAAGCGAACCCUGAAGAAACCUGUUUGGGCAGCAGCAGCAGUAGGUGAGGGAAGAAGACAACCUCGGCAGAGUCCUUGUCCAAUCCCACAAGGCCACGGUUUUCCAGGUCGGACGCUGGAUUUCUUGUGAAGCUCCAGCAUUGGCGGUAUAAGCCAUGCGAGUUUUGGCUACACACGUUUGGCAGCACAAAAUGUGAGCAUGCUGCCAAAUUCCUUGAGUUCGGGGUAAGGCACAUUCUCCUGGGUCAGGUGGUUCAUCAGCAGGUGCUUGCGCUUGCGCCAGAUGAUGGCUACUAGGGCAUUUCCGCAAAUUGAGUGCCUGCGAAACAAAAAAGCGACGAGCAGGAUGUCUCUAAUCUGGAAUCCCGGAUGCAAUGGGACCCGAAGAGAGACACCUUUGCACAAUGCAUGCUUAAUAAAGACAUAAUAAGGCCUAUUUUGUAAAUGGUGUAUCCCUUUGGGAAGCACUUCCUCAGAAAUGCCAAUCAGGUGUUCUCUCGUGUUCACUGUAUGUUGGAGCCCGGUUGAGCCCAAGGUAGCCUGGGAGUUCUUUGACACCAACGGCCACUUGUCAUUGCAAAUUCCUUGCGCAAUACCUGAUAGCCUAUCCAAUCCCUUUUGGAAUCUAAUGUUUGUGAAUACAACCCUCUCGAGCCUUUCCAAAUCCAACCGACGAACCAUCUGUUGCCUAAACAUGCCUAAACAGCGCUCCAUCCAGCUACAUCGUGGCUUGGUUGAAGUCCGCAGGCCUGAAGGCUAAGGCUGACCUCUGAUAUAUGGUUUGCCAAAGAACAUCCUUUGAACAAGUUGACAGUUGCCCUGUGUCUCCCCCCUCACGAAUGCUCCCAUUCUCAGCACUGCAAAGGUAAAGGGAAGCUCACCAUGUCCGAGAUCAAGAAGCGCUUGCAGACCUUCUACAAGGACAUCACCACACGUGAAGUGAAGUUCCUGCUGAACAACCAGCCGGAAAUCACCUUUGAGGAGCUCUAUGCGCUUCUGAAGGACAAUCAGCUUACGAACUUUGAUCCGGUGAAGGAAGCCUUCAAGGUCUAUGACCCGAACAAUACCGGCUUUGUGGAUAUGGACAUCGUCAAGAGCUUCUUCAAGGAGUUGGGCUACGGGGAUAUUUCGGAUGAGGACGCGAAGAUCAUCCUCGAGACGGCCGAUGGCGACAAGGAUCAACGGAUUGGACUGGAUGACUUUCGCAUGAUGGUGCCCUUCGGUCAGCCACACGACCCGUCUGCCAGCUCCACUGAUUGAGUGAGGCAAAAUCUUCCUGGAAUGCCUCAAGAAUCUCAAGAACCUGAAGUCAAACCCCACACGUUGGGUGUUCAAAUCUUCAUGAGCCGCAUUUGGUAGUCCAUGUC